CAAGUAUACUAAGAUACCUAAACACAACAUGUGAUCAUCAGAGUUCCUAUGAAAAAUGAAAAUCAAGUGCACGAAGCUUAAAUCGAGAGGACAUUGAAAAUUGAAUUGAAUGUAUAUCUAUAUUGUGAACUUGCAACCCCCAUAAAACUUCAAAUCAAUCAAUCAAAUCACAAUCGCAUUCAAAAUCAAUGUGAUUGCGAAUAUUUCGUGUCGAUGGGUCACUGUCUGAUUGGAAAUUAGUAAAAAGUAAUUUACACAUUGGUUUGUUUGAGUUCAGUGCUGUGUUUGAUAACAACAAUUUUCUUUUAAAAAGUUCAUCACCAUGGCUACCAACGGAGUUAAGGGCGAAAUGGUGAGAAGGUUUAGUAAUUCAUUAUGUAUCCAGCCUAGCAGCUGCGGUUCCGCCUGUGCCGUCAAAUGUUGGAAAUGGGACGUCAAUCAGAUCAUCAUGAAUAGGACUUUGAACAACAUGAUGUAUGGCAUCCUUAUCUUGAAUCGCCCAAUCCCACAAAAUCCAGCAUUUAUGAAGCGUCUGUGGAACAAAGCUGCUGUCAGGAUGACUGUAGAUGGCGGCACUAGACAAUGGGACAAAUUCCUGGGUGGCCUGCCAGAUGACUUAAAGAAAAACAUCAAGGACCCAGACCUCAUCUCAGGAGAUUUUGAUUCAAUUACUGAUGAAAUAUUAGAAAAAUACAAAAAUAAAGGUUGUAAGAUUAUCCACACUCCUGACCAAAACUACACGGACUUCACGAAGGCGUUGAUUGAACUGAACAUACACACUAAGCUGGCUGGACUGGAGCUGUCUCACGUCAUAGCAGUGGGCCAAACAUCUGGUCGCUUGGACCAAAUCAUAGCCAAUAUCCAGACUUUGUAUCUGGUUAAGGAACGGUUCCUCCUGAAUCCAAAAACGAAUGUGUUUCUGAUGUCUGAUGACUCCAUAUCAUGGCUCCUGUACCCUGGAGACCAUGUCAUAUAUGUGCCGGAAGAGACUAGGCAGCACAAGAGAGCUUGGUGCUCUUUAGUGCCGAUUGGAGAAACCUGCCAGUAUGUUACUUCAACUGGAUUAAAAUGGAACCUCGAUAACCAACCUUUGCGGUUUGGUGGAAUCGUAAGCACGUCCAAUACCUUCGAUGGUUCACAGAAGGUCACAAUAAAAUGCAGCCACACUCUACUAUGGUCGAUGAAAGUACCCCUUAUUACAAUGUCGUAAAUGGAAAAUGUAUCGGACAAUUUUGUAUUAACUGUAGGAGAAAUAUUCCACAGGUUUGGUGUCUAUAAACUGCUCAUGUAAUACGGCAGUCAUAUUAACUUUUUAUAUGUACUGUCAAUUUUGUAUCUUCCUACUACUAGUGUAAUCAUCUAGGUAAAUAUAAACGUGCCAAGUGCAUCUAUACACUUUAACUAGGGUCUGUCAUCACAAACAAUUAAAAUUUAAUCAUUUCUUACUUCAGAAAUGAUGUGAACCGAAUGAAAUCUUUUUCACGUACUUUUGUUUACACGGACCUUACUAACGAAGAUUUUUGCGGUCGCCAGAGGGCGCCAUUGCCGUUUUAAAGUCUUCUUAGUGCUUACAUUGACAGCUGUGAGAAGUUUACUAAAAAAUACUUUAAUUAUUCACACAUUUUAUAUGUGAUACCAGUGACAUGUAAUCCUUCAUGAUUUUAACAUGCUCUUAGAUAUUUUUAGGCAAAAACCUUAACUGUUUAUAGAUUUUGUUGAAAAUAGUAAAGAUCAAGGCUAACCCAUGCCAAAAAGGUUAUAUACCUAUUCAUAAAAUUAUUUUAUGGUUAAUAGCAAUGUACUCCUAAGUUAUCACAACGCUCAUUCCAUUUAAAAUAUAGGUACUUUAAUGCCUAUGUUCAAAAAGUAGGUACUUAACUACAUUGUCAGUCGUGGGAUAAAAUGUAUAAAUUCAAUAUAUUAUAGGAUGGUGAUAGUUUACGGUCCAUUUCCAGUUCAUAACUAAGUAAAUGUAACUCUAAUGUUUCUGCUAUUUAAGGCGAUUUUUGUUUAACCUCUUUGGUCGAGUACCUACUCGACAAUGGGUUCGUAGACUCGACUGUGAAACAAAAUAUUAUUAGUUUUCUAUCAGAGUUUUCCAUAGCCGAACUGUAAACUUUCUGACAUUGUUGUAUGGCUAUUAACUUGCCUCGUUACUAAGGAUGAGACAUAAAUAACAUAUCUGAGGCCUUAGUACGAGUUUGUUUUACGUUUGAAGUAUUCGAAACGAGUGCGCGUUCGGCGCACUGAU